AGCUGAGGAUGUGGCGAUUGGUGGGCGUGGCCUUUCUGUGCCAGUGUGUGAUUGGUCAGCUGCUGGAGGCCAAGGUGAGAGGAGCUCCACCUCGUCUGAUCUGCAGUGUUCCGGGGUUGCCGGGGACACCAGGUAAACCUGGCCCCAACGGGCCUCCAGGGGCCAACGGGAGCGUAGGAAUCCCAGGAAGAGACGGCAGAGACGGCAGGAAAGGAGAGAAAGGAGAGAAGGGUGGAGAAGGUACAGUACUGACCUUAUACAGUGAGGGAAAAAAUUAUUUGAUCCCCUGCUGAUUUUGUACGUUUGCCCACUGACAAAGAAAUUAUCAGUCUAUCAUUUUAAUGGUAGGUUUAUUUGAACAGUGAGAGACAGAAUAACAACAAAAAAAUCCAGAAAGACGCAUGUCAAAAAUGUUAUAAAUUGAUUUGCAUUUUAAGGAGGGAAAUAAGUAUUUGACCCCCUCUCAAUCAGAAAGAUUUCUGGCUCCCAGGUUUCUUUUAUACAGGUAACGAGCUGAGAUUAGGAGCACACUCUUAAAGGGAGUGCUCCUAAUCUCAGUUUGUUACCUGUAUAAAAUACACCUGUCCACAGAAGCAAUCAAUCAAUCAGAUUCCAAACUCUCCACCAUGGCCAAGACCAAAGAGCUCUCCAAGGAUGUCAGGGACAAGAUUACAGACCUACACAAGGCUGGAAUGGGCUACAAGACCAUUGCCAAGCAGCUUGGUGAGAAGGUGACAACAGUUGGUGCGAUUAUUCGCAAAUGGAAGAAACACAAAAUAACUGUCAAUCUCCCUCGACCUGGGGCUCCAUGCAAGAUCUCACCUCGUGGAGUUGCAAUGAUCAUGAGAACUUUGAGGAAUCAGCCCAGAACUACACGGGAGGAUCUUGUCAAUGAUCUCAAGGCAGCUGCGACCAUAGACACCAAGAAAACAAUUGGUAACACACUACGCCAUGAAGGACUCAAAUCCUGCAGCGCCCGCAAGGUCCACCUGCUCAAGAAAGCACAUAUACAGGGCCGUCUGAAGUUUGCCAAUGAACAUCUGAAUGAUUCAGAGGAGAACUGGGUGAAAGUGUUGUGGUCAGAUCAGACCAAAAUGGAGCUCUUUGGCAUCAACUCAACUCGCCGUGUUUGGAGGAGGAGGAAUGCUGCCUAUGACCCCAAGAACACCAUCCCCACCGUCAAACAUGGAGGUGGAAACAUUAUGCUUUGGGGGUGUUUUUCUGCUAAGGGGACAGGACAACUUCACCGCAUCAAAGGGACGAUGGACGGGGCCAUGUACCGUCAAAUCUUGGGUGAGAACCUCCUUCCCUCAGCCAGGGAAUUGAAAAUGGGUCGUGGAUGGGUAUUCCAGCAUGACAAUGACCCAAAACACACGGCCAAGGCAACAAAGGAGUGGCUCAAGAAGAAGCACAUUAAGGUCCUGGAGUGGCCUAGCCAGUCUCCAGACCUUAAUCCCAUAGAAAAUCUGUGGAGGGAGCUGAAGGUUCGAGUUGCCAAACGUCAGCCUCGAAACCUUAAUGAUUUGGAGAAGAUCUGCAAAGAGGAGUGGAACAAAAUCCCUCCUGAGAUGUGUGCAAACCUGGUGGCCAACUACAAGAAACGUCUGACCUCUGUGAUUGCCAACAAGGGUUUUGCCACCAAGUACUAAGUCACGUUUUGCAGAGGGGUCAAGUACUUAUUUCCCUCAUUAAAAUGCAAAUCAAUUCAUAACAUUUUUGACAUGCGUUUUUCUGGAUUCUUGUUGUUGUUAUUCUGUCUCUCACUGUUCAAAUAAACCUACCAUUAAAAUUAUAGACUGAUCAUGACUUUGUCAGUGGGCAAACGUACAAAAUCAGCAGGGGAUCAAAUACUUUUUUCCCCCACUGUAUAACUCCAUAAAACAUACCCACAGUCAGAGGCGUCAUGCCCAUAGGGAGCACUGGGGCACGUACCCCCUCAGAUUUGUCCUGUUAAAAAAUAAAUCAUAAUAAUUGUUUAAAAAUAUAUAUUUUUUCUCUGUAAUCAAUCAAGUUAGAGUAGCUAGCUUGUCUGACUACUGUAUCUUAGCUGGCAUGCCUGCUGGUAAGGUUAGUAGACUUUAGAAAAGCAAGCAAUUACUAAAUGUACUGAAUAAGACACACAUUCCUUUCAAUAUUUUACCCAGAUUUGAUGCAGAUGCAGGGAAGCUUAUUUCGUUUCUUUUAAAAAAGUACCACCAGUCAAGCAGUCAAGAGAACUGCUUAGAUAUGAAGAAAAAUAAACAUAUUCUUUACAUGAAAAAUGCAAAAUUCUCAAACUCACGGACAGCGGGCCUACCCCCCCUCCAGAUCACCCCCAAGCCAUCCUCACGUACUUUGUGGCCACUCAGAUUUUUGCGGUAGAUGACGCCCCUGCACACAGUUCAAAUAUUGACUCCUACUGUAUAUUUAUUUAUUGCCAUGGCCUUUUGGCAGUAAGUAAAUAUAUCAACAUUAAAACGAUUGAAUCGAAACACACGUUUACACUACCAAAAAUACAUUUCAAUCCUUUUUAAUUAUCCUAACCCAGGCAUUUCACAAUCUGAAUCUGCCAAUGGUUUUGCUCUCAGGACAUUAAAGAGGCUGCAGUGAUUGAUGUGGAAGACAUAUGGGACCCUCCAGUGAUCUCUGAAAUUGUGUUUAUCAAUCAUGGUCAAACUACAUCAGCUACAAAGCCAUAUUUCACCUGGGAGACCAUGAGCCAGACAGAUAAAGUUACGUGAUGUGUGGUUUAAAUCAAAACUACCUCUACCAGUUUUUGUUUUUUUAAAGCAACGUGGCUUUAAGAUAAACCUUGCAUUAGUAUCAGAUCCAAUACAUACUAUAUCAAUGACCUGUAAAUGUCAGGCUCACAGUACCUGCAUUCUGCAUGAUGUUCUUUUACAGAUUUACAGAUUUAAAAGGAACCUAGGCACGCAAAUACCACACAGACUCUUUCACACACACACAUCAGAAUAGCACACAUUUUUGCACACAUUCAGUACAUGCAUACACAUGCAUCCUGUCCAUUCUUUCCUAGCUCCAAUAAAAUUAUUCUGUGAUGGUUUGGUUUAAUACAAUCACAGAUUUCACUACACUGUACAACAGUCAGUGCAGCAGUCAAACAUAGAUUGUGGCUGGACUCCAAGGGCGACAUAAUAACCGAGGAUGGCUGUGAGGCACUGAGCCUAUUCACUAAUCCUUAAAUAGUGGGGUUUUACAUGCGCAGGGAAUCAGCUUACUCAUAUUACAAGUAAUCCAACCAUGCUGAUCAAAUGUGAUAAUAACUGUUCAAGUAUGUGUCAAUGGCAGUACACAGCUGGAGUUACAGUCAGUCAGAACACCAACUGUCUCCAUUUCAGGGGUAAAGGGGAAAGUCGGCCCAACGGGUAAACUUGGCCAGCGGGGUGACCGGGGUCCUGGUGGGAAGAGAGGUCCUGGUGGAGCGAGCGGGGGCGGGGGCCUACCGGGUCCUCCAGGGCCCCUUGGGGAGAAAGGGAACAAGGGCCAGCGAGGACCAAGGGGGACGGCAGGAGUCUGCCGGUGUGGCAGCCUGGUGCCUAAAGCAGCCUUCUCUGUGGGAAUCACCAGCAGUUACCCUGCUGAGAAGGAACCUAUCAAGUUCAACAAGGUCCUCUUCAAUGAGGGGGGCCACUACAACCCAGAGACAGGAAAGUUCAUCUGUGCCUACCCAGGUAUCUACUACUUCUCUUAUGACAUCACACUGGCCAACAAGCAUCUGGCCAUCGGGCUGGUGCAGAACGGGCAGUACCGCAUCAAGACGUUUGACGCCAACACAGGAAACCAUGACGUGGCCUCCGGGUCCUUAGUAAUGUUCCUGAACCCAGAAGACGAGGUGUGGCUGGAGAUCUUCUUCAAGGACCAGAAUGGCCUGUUUGCGGACGCAGGGUGGUCUGACAGCCUGUUCUCUGGAUUCCUGCUCUAUGCAGACACCAACUACCUGGACUCACUAGCAGAGGACUACGCA